UGUGCUCGCCUAAUACUGUGAUCGUAUUAGUUAGGCUAGCAUUGGGUGCUAUAGGGUUGUAUAAUUUUAAGCCGUUUGCGUUGUUCAUGCUUGAUUCGUAAAAAGUGUGAAACAUUCUUAAAGGUGAUUGCAUACAGGUUGCCCAUACUUUUUUAAAGUUUUGUUCUUCUUUUUACUUGAUGAUCAUUAUUCUACACAAUUAUAAUGACAUAAGAAAAGAAUUAUAUGUAUAGCCGGCUGCUGGAAGCAGACAUGAUGAAUAUCCGGGAUCUUGGGUCGCCUCCCUGAGAAUUGGGUUGUAAAAUGGCGGUGCAGUGUGACGGAGGUGGAAAAGACGAACUAAAAACACAAUUCAUGACACGUGAAGGAGUGUACAAACUGAUGACCCAUUCCGAAUAUUCAAGGCCUAAUCGUGUUGGCUACAACACACAGACAAACACACCCGUAAAAGUAUCAUUUGUGACCUUACCCGACCAGCCUACAGGAUGUAGUGAUCAUAUUUGCUUCAAUGUUGGAAGAGAACUGUAUGUUUAUGUAUAUAAAGGUGUUAAAAAGGCAGCAGACCUCACAAAACCUGUGGACAAACGUGUUUAUAAAGGCACCUACCCCACAUGUCAUGACUUUAACCUGCACACAGUAACUAGUGAAAAUGCAUCUCUGUUAGUUGGCUUUUCUGCUGGUCAGAUCCAACUUAUUGAUCCUAUCAAGAAAGAACUUAGUAAACUUUACAAUGAAGAAAGGUUAAUUGACAAAACAAAAGUAACUUGCUUAAAGUGGGUGCCAGAUUCUCCAAAUCUUUUCUUGGUUUCUCAUAGUAGUGGACAGAUGUAUGUUUAUAAGGAUGAUUUACCAUGUGGAACUACACCUCCACAUUACCAAAUGUUUAAACAAGGAGAAAGCUUUGCUGUGUAUACCUGUAAGACAAAAAGUACAAGAAAUCCCUUGUAUAGGUGGGUUGUGGGAGAAGGCUCCUUAAAUCAAUUUGCAUUUUCACCUUGCUCCAAAUACCUAGCAACUGUGAGUCAAGAUGGAUUUCUUCGUGUGUUUAACUAUGACACGAUGGAUCUUGUUGGAUUGGUUCGUAGCUACUUUGGAGGGUUGUUAUGUGUAUGUUGGAGUCCAGAUAGCAAAUAUGUUGUCACAGGAGGUGAAGAUGAUUUAGUAACUGUGUGGUCUUUUCUUGAGAAGCGGGUGGUUGCCCGGGGUUAUGGACACAAAUCCUGGGUGAAUGUUGUGGCAUUUGACACUCACAACAUAUCCUAUGCAGAUAGUAUUGACUUUGGAAGUGAAGAAGACCUGUCACAAUUAAUAGCUUCAGCAGAGCAAAAUGAUACUUCAAAACUAGGAAUCCCAAAUAAUUCGAAGUCAAAUGCAGCAGUGUCAGGUGCUUAUCGAACUUCACUAGCUACGUGCAAUAGAAGUUCUGUAGAUAUGCGUUCAUUAACUAUCACUUCUUACAGGUUUGGGUCUGUUGGACAAGACACUCAAUUUUGUCUUUGGGAUUUGACUGAAGAUGUUUUAAAACAACCAAUGGGACGGACACGAACUAGUGUAGUGUUGAAUAAUCCCUCCAUGCAGCUCCCAUCUGUUACAAAGUGCAACAGUGUUGGUCAUGCUCAGGCAAAUUGUAUAGCUAAGGAUACCUCUGUGGCAGAUGGUAACUUAGUUUUACCUCUAAAUCUUGUCAGUAAAAGUGGUACUUUAGAAAGAAAAAAACAAGACAAAGAACAUAAAAGGAAUUUCAGUCUUUCAUCACGUAGUAGUGAUAAAAAUAGUUUGAAUAAGUCAACUCACAGUAAAGUUUUGGAUGACCCUGUCAGAUUGAUUGGAACAACUAUCUGUCCAUGCCUUGAUGAAGUGCCAAUGUUAGAACCACUUGUGUGUAAAAAAAUUGCUCAUGAACGAUUGACAGACUUAGUAUUUAGGGAGGAUUGUGCUGUGACAGCAUGCCAAGAAGGUUAUGUAUGCACGUGGGCAAGACCAGGAAAGACGGGUCUUGUUCAGCAAUCAUUGUCCUCCCACAGUUCCAAUAACCCUUCAGCAGGAACUGUCGUAUAGCAUACAGUAACAGAAGAGCCUGGAGGUGUUUUUAGUCAUUAGGAACUGGAGAUACACUCACUAAUAACAAUCUAUUGAAAAAAAAAGUUUAGAAUUGGGUAUUUCUACUGGCCUGCCAACUAGUCCCAUGGAAUUAUAUAUAUUGGCUAGUAUUCCUACCAGAAGUGCUCAUUAUCAUCACAUAAUUCAUGCAAGAACUUUGUGCAGAGCAGUCAUAUGGUCUACACUAGUAACAUCUCAUCUCAUAGUCAAUAGGACAAUUUAAUAUAAUUGAAGAAACUCUGUGGCAUGGAACAUCAUCAUUCAUCUAGGACAGUCUGUGGUGUGUGGAGUUCAUAUCCUGUUAUACAGAACUGUUUUUUUUUUCAUUUUCUUACAUGCUUGGUUCAGCAUAUGAAGGUGAUUUUCCAUGACAUAGAACACUGUCAUUCAUCUUUAAUAGUAUUCUGCUUUUUCACCUCUUUAAGUUAUUCAGAUAAUGUUAAAAAUUUGUGGUGAACUGUCAGUUAUGGUCUGAGUAAAAUCAAGAUUUGCGAACUCUUAGAACUUGAUUACAUCUAUGCUAAUUUAGAUACCAUCUAGUUAUAGCUGGAAUUAAACAUUAAAUCUUUUUUUUUUUGAAAAGCUACUUGCUAUAUUAAAUUCAAAUUCAGUAACUUAUAAGUUGUGUAUUUUUAAAGGUUAUACAGAAUUCAAAAAGAUAGUCUUACAGCUAGACUGUAAUUUUUUUCUUAACAUAAAAAACUUGCUGUUACCUCUUUAGUUUUACAUCAUUUUCAGAUUGGAUAUACUUAUGAGCUUAAAAGUAGUAGAAUGAUAAAUCAAAAUUCUUUACAGUAAUAAACAAAUAUGUGAUUAAGUUACAUCUGUUGUAUUUUUAAUAAGUGUUUUAUGAGGUUGUAAAAGAUUUAUAAAAGUGAUGUAUUCUUGAAGUUUCAACAGUUUAAAUGUAAUGGCUUUAAUUAUGUUCUAAGACAGUUAGAAAAAAGUGUAAUGAGAUGAAUUAUGUAUACUCUUUCCAAAUGGAGAUGUGUUGAAUUGUAUGAAAAUAUAGAUGUUUACAUAACUGGAAUACAGUGCAUGGUUUUUGCAUGUGUAUACUCAAUCAUAGCACUAAUAGUAAGGCUAUACAUAGGUAUACUUCCCCACACAGUUAACUUGCUACUUUAAAUCUUUGUCAGUUUAUAUUCUACAGCCAUAUCAUAAGAAUAUGACAUAUUGUUCUCUAACAAAUUUGUCAUUUAAUUUUCAGGAAUCAUGUAUAUUUCUGUAGGACUUGUGUAUAGAUACAUGUCAGAAUUAGCUUACAAUAUCCACAAAGAGGCAUUACUAAGAAAUAUCAAAGUAUCAUUAAACUGGAUAAUUCUUUGUUGUUUAAAUGUCUUUAUAUAAGUAUUUGAGAUAUUUUACUUGAAAUCAAAAAUCCGUGAUUAAAAUUUAUGCAGCUUUGUAGAAAGGCUACAAGAAAAUACAUGAUAAAACACCAAAAACUUAUUUUGCUGAAUAGUGGGCAUAUGCUCUUAGUGUAUUAUACACCAUUGUGGAGAUCUCAUCAUAACUAUAAGCUAUAUUCAAGAUGGGUGCCUGCAGUACAACAAGCAUGCUUACUGGUGGAACUAAAAUUGUAUUUUAUAUAUGUUUGCACCAUCCUUUAUGAAAGGCUGUUUUAAUGAAACCUCAUAUAUUGGCUUUCUGUAUCAUGAACUUAUGAUUCAGUGUAAUAAAAAUCUUAUUUUAAUGCCUUCCAAUUUCACAUAUGUAAAUUUAAGUACUGUCAAGCUAUACAAACUAUAUAUAUAUAUAAUUCAUAACUGAAACAUUUGGUUACUAAAUAGAUAUGCUUCCAUCUGUUAGUUUUAAAGUAAGCUAAUCAUAUGCUUUCAUCAGGAGGUAAAAAAAUAGCAAUACUGAAUAACAUUGCUGUGAGCUUGGAAAUAUUCAUUUGAACGUAACUAGAUUACUGUAUGAUGUGAUGUCCAACUUUAAGAGAGUGCUCUCCAGUGUAAAAGUUUAUUUAUUUGUAAUUGUUUUUGUUGUUUUUAAAAUGAUGUAUUUAGAAAUGUAUAUUUUCAUGUUAUUUCCCCAAAAUUUAUAUUAAUCAAGUUUAUUAAAUAUAUGAGAAAAUGUGUAUCACAAGUUUCUUGUAUGAAAACUAAGUUUGCUGUUUCCACUGAAAUCUAUGGUUUAUAGUUUUAUAAAUAAAUUAUUGCAAAGUUGUUGUUUGAAAGGUAAUUUUUUAAGUUUAGAACUCCUUUAAAAACAAACCAAAAAAAAACCCACUGUGAGUCUAACUUAAGUUUAUUCUGAUGUCAAAUUUGAUGGAUGAAGUUUGUGGAGUACGAGUUAUCAAUUAAUUCCAUUCUCUCAGAUAAUUCACAUACUUAUUUACAUUUUCAUACAUCUAAUAAUUAGUAUAAAGAUUUUGCUAGGGCCCUGUCUACGCUCAGUUUAGUACACACUGUCAGGCCAAUUAUCAUAAGAGUUAUGUAGCUACACUGAAAAGCUUUUAAAUAACAGGAAAACAAAAUAAAAAUACCAAAGUAAGAUCUAGAAAAAAGACAAAAUACAAUAAAGACAAGUAUACUAGCCAAGUUUUAAAAAAUAAACCACAAGUGAUAAGAGAAAAUAUUCGGAAAACUUGUCCACAAAAUUUUGUUUUUUCACAUUUAAAUUUAAAAUAACACAUCAAAUCAUUUAACUGAUUAGUGUUUAUUUGAGAAAAACAAACCGAAUGCUGACAUGAUCAAAUAAGAUCUAAUUUGUAAAAAAUCAGUGAAAGUAUAAUGAAUAAUUUUGAUUUAGACCUAAAGAUUUGGAAUAAAUAUUCUGUUUUUCAGAAUUAUAAGGGACGUACCACUAAUAUCCAGUAUGAGGUCUAAUGAGUAGUGUAGGGUUUGAUUCGAUGGGGAUCUGAAAGUGUACGUCGAUUCUUGAUGUAUGCAAAGGAGUAAGCUAAGUGAUUCACUUGAUCUAGAAGUUUGAGUGAAAUCUUGAGAUAUGGAGAACAUAGAUUUUAACCCAGUAAUUUCCAUGGGGUUUGGUUAUCAGAUGCUCCAAAAAUUUAAAUUAUUUUUGACAUGCAUAGAGUAUUUUUCUUCUAAUUAUAUUAUAUGGUCCAUCAAUUAUGUAUGUCACCCAAAGAAAUUUGUACUGGACUACAACAGAUACAGAGCUAGGUUGUAGAUUGAAGUAGGUGUAGACAGAGAACUAAUACUUGUUUCUGAGUUACAGAAGGUGAAUACACACAUAGUAUGAGAUAUAAUCAUAACAAGGUUUACAGGGAAUAUGGCAGAGGUAUAUUUCAGUCUAUGUACACAAGGUAACUUGUGAACAAAUGAAAAAGUAAAAUUAGAAAGCAGUAGUUUAUUAACGUAUUACGUUUUUAAACUUUUUUUUUUAUUUUUACUAGAAAGGCUGAGUAUUCUAAGCAUAUGUAAGAGCUGGCUUUCAAAUGCUACACAGAUGUUUGUUUUUUGUCACCAUAAAUAACUGUUACAUUUGAAGUUUGGUACUUCAUUAUAUUUCAAGACAUUUGCUAUGUUUCUCUUAUUACAGAAUACAUUUUGGUUUAUUAGUAGUUUAUGCUGUAAUUUAGCUAAUUUGGCAACUUUUCACUGCCCAAGAAUACUUUGUCUUUAUUGUAAAAUACUGUCAGAAUUUCUGAAAUAUUUUGCAAGUUUCUGUGUGAAUUUAAAGUUAAUAUUUCUGCCAUAUAACUGCAUUCUGUGAGAGUUAUUUUAUAACCUAUGCCUAAUGCUCAGUAUUUGAAAAUUCUAUUGCACUGUCACUCGACAUUAUUUUGUAACCAAAGAUAUUUCAGAUAUAAUAUUAUGUACAUAAUACAGGAAUUACAUAUAUUAUCAUGCAUGUGUAAUGGAUAUUUAUUUAAAAUUAAUGAAGGCUUUAACUUGUAUCAUUGUUUUCACCUGUACUGAAAAACAGUAGGCAAAUUUAGUUUAAUAGUAAAAAAAUAUGCAAAAAAAUUUAUUUUUCAGUAUACCAUACUAGUACAGUUCACCACAUUCAAAACUUAUUCCAACUGUUCUGUCUCCCAGUUAAGUGAUAAGAGAUAGACAACUGUAAAUAGAUUAUUUUAGGCUGAGAACUAGUUUGCAAGGUGCCUCGAAACUCCUUUGUUACACAGCAGCAAUACUGAUGUUGUUGUUGGAGUGGAAAGUCAUAAUAUAUUGCAGAAAUGUUGAGAAUGAGUCAAAUAAUUUAAAUAGCUGUAAGUUUUUCUUUGACAAUAAACAUUUUACAAGAAA